AUGAAGCGUAUGGCAUCGACCAACUUUUCAAGCGAGAAUUCAUCAGCUGGAAUGGGUGCAGGACCUACUCCUCUGGCACUGGCAUGCACCCUCUCCCCCAAAAACGGCUGGUCCCCAAAGAAUGGGGACAGUAAGCCUGAUGAUUAUUGUUCCUCUACCAAGCAUGAAUCUUUGACGAACAAUGUGACAAAUUCUAAACAAUGUAUUUGUUCCGUUUUCAGGUAUGGCCAAACAAAGCCGGUUUUCGCUUACAGAUUGAUGGCACAUGGAACCAUGGAAGAAAAAAUUUAUAAGCGUCAGGUAACAAAGGAGGGCCUGGCUGCAAGGGUUGUUGAUAGACAACAGGUACAUAGGACAAUAUCUAAGGAAGAGAUGUUGCAUCUUUUUGAAUUCGGUGAUGAUGAGAACCAUGAGCUUGGCCAAGAUAAAGGAUGCUCGGACCAAAAUAUGACUGGUGAAGUUGAAAUUUUGCCUAAACACGAAGUGCCUCUUUCUCAAGGAAGUUGCUCUUCUGACAAGCUAAUGGAAGGUUUACUUGGCAAGCACUAUCCAAGGUGGAUUGCCAAUUUCCACGAACAUGAGACCCUUUUGCAAGAGAAUGAAGAGGGAAAGCUCUCAAAGGAGGAGCAAGACAUGGCUUGGGAAGUAUACCGGAGAGCAUUGGAAUGGGAGGAAGUGCAGAGAGUUCCUCUCAAUGAAUCUGCAGUUGACCGAAAGCCCGCUGGACUAAAUGUGGCCUCAUCUGCACCAGAGAUGAGCAGCCUUGCUGAAUCGAAAGCGAAGGAUAUUUCUGUGCAGCGGAAAUGCACUAAUCUUUCACAUUUGCUAACCCUUAGAAGUCAGGGGACAAAAAUUGGUUGCACUACUGUGUGUGGGGAAUGUGGUCGUGAGAUAUGCUGGAAGGAUCUGCAUCGAGAUGGCAGGCUUGCAAGGUGAACGAGAGGGCCUUCCAAAGUUGUUGUAGAUUGUGUGAUGUAAAUGGUUCGAUUGUAUAUUGCAGUUUCUGUAGGUUCAAUGCCCCCUUGAACACAAUUGGAACAUUCUU